AUGAAUGCCCACCCCAAGGAGAUGGUGCCCCUCAUGGGCAGAAGAGCUGCUGUCCCCAGUGGGAACCCUGCCGUCCUGCAGGAGAAGAGGCCAGCAGAGAUCACCCCCACCAAGAAGAGUGCACACUUCUUCCUGGAGAUAGAAGGGUUCGAUCCCAACCCCACUGUCUCCAAGACUUCUCCCCCGGUCUUCUCCAAGCCUAUGGACUCCAACAUCCGGCAAUGCCUCUCUGGGAACUGUGAUGACAUGGACUCACCACAGUCUCCUCAGGACGAUGUGACAGAGACCCCGUCCAAUCCCAACAGCCCCAGUGCAAACCUGGCCAAGGAAGAGCAGAGGCGGAGGAAGAAGCGGCUGAAGCAGCGCAUCUUUGCAGCCGUGUCAGAGGGCUGCGUGGAGGAGCUGCUGGAGCUGCUGGGGGAGCUGCAGGAACUUUGCAAACGGCGUCGUGGCCUGGACGUGGCUGACUUCCUCAUGCACAAGCUGACGGCCUCUGACACAGGGAAGACCUGCCUGAUGAAGGCCUUGUUAAACAUCAACCCUAACACCAAGGAGAUUGUGCGGAUCCUGCUGGCUUUCGCAGAGGAGAAUGACAUCCUGGACAGGUUCAUCAACGCUGCAUACACAGAGGAGGCCUACAAAGGGCAGACGGCGCUGAACAUCGCCAUCGAGCGGCGGCAGGGAGACAUCACCGCGCUGCUCAUCGCGGCGGGCGCCGACGUCAACACUCACGCCAGGGGGGUCUUCUUCAACCCCAAGUACCUACACGAGGGCUUCUACUUUGGCGAGACCCCACUGGCUCUGGCGGCGUGUACCAACCAGCCUGAGAUUGUGCAGCUGCUGAUGGAGAAUGAGCAGACUGACAUCACCUCGCAGGACUCACGGGGAAACAACAUCCUACACGCAUUGGUGACAGUGGCUGAGGACUUCAAGACACAGAACGACUUUGUGAAGCGCAUGUACGACAUGAUCCUGCUGAGGAGCGGGACGUGGGAGCUGGAGACCAUGCACAACAAGGACGGGCUCACGCCACUGCAGCUGGCUGCCAAGAUGGGCAAGGCCGAGAUCUUGAAGUAUAUCCUCAGUCGUGAGAUCAAGGAAAAGCCACUCAGGAGUCUGUCCAGGAAGUUCACGGACUGGGCAUAUGGGCCUGUGUCGUCCUCACUUUACGACCUCACCAACGUGGACACUACGACAGACAACUCGGUGCUGGAAAUCAUCGUCUACAACACCAACCUUGAUAACCGGCAUGAGAUACUGACCCUGGAGCCCUUGCACACACUGCUGCAUAUGAAGUGGAAGAAGUUUGCCAAGUACAUGUUCUUCUUGUCAUUCUGCUUUUAUUUCUUCUACAACAUCACCCUGACUCUAGUCUCCUAUUACCGCCCCCGGGAAGAGGAGGCCCUCCCUCACCCCUUGGCCCUGACGCACAAGAUGGGGUGGCUGCAGCUGUUAGGAAGGAUGUUCGUGCUCAUCUGGGCCAUGUGUAUUUCUGUGAAAGAGGGCAUCGCGAUCUUCCUGCUGAGACCCUCAGAUCUGCAGUCCAUUCUCUCUGAUGCCUGGUUUCACUUUGUCUUUUUUGUCCAAGCUGUGCUUGUGAUACUGUCUGUCUUCUUGUACUUGUUUGCCUACAAAGAGUACCUCGCCUGCCUCGUCUGGGCAAACAUGCUCUACUACACGCGGGGAUUUCAGUCCAUGGGCAUGUACAGCGUCAUGAUCCAGAAGGUGCGCUGGGAGGCUCGUGAGCGUCACAGACACACAGGCGUCUGUGCUGGGGAGAUGGGGAGUCCUCAGAGAAUGUCCAUUUUUCCAAUCGGGAAGCAGGUUGGGAGAGAAGCCUGCUUCUCUCCCUCCCAAACACUACUGUCUCCCAUUGCUUGUGGCCAGGCUUUAAGAGUCUAGACCUUGAAACACCCGGGCUUGUUGGGCCCUGGGAAGGAAUGAUCUCACCCCCAGGCUGUGGUGUGCUGGUAAGUCUUUAACAAGUUUAUCGCCCAAAGGAUAUUUACAAAUAAUCAACUAUAUAAUGGCCUUUAUUUAAAUUCCACAUAGCCAGAAGCAUUUGUUGAUUUUUCUUGGACUCGUGUAUCUGCUGCCCAUUUAUGGUUGCAAGUGACAGAUAUGUCAAUAUCGGCUGAUGUUUUCUUUAAGGAGUAAGAUGGAAGUGAAAUAGCACAGCCUUAUGAGAACUUCCCUUGCUUGUCAGUGAUGCGAACUACUUACUCGCUGACUUGAAUAAUUGUUCUCAAAUGUUGGAAGACUACUUCAUGAAUGUUACUGUUUUAUU